CAACUAAUCUUCGAUGCCGCGCAAUUCUCGUCGUCGCAGCCCCAGUCCUCAGAGCGACGCUGAGACCCGCAAGGUGCUGCCAGCGCGCAGUUCUCGCGGUACCCGCAUCCACAAGCUCAUUGGGGAAGAAGCUGAAGCAGAUGCAUCGUUCUGGGGCCAAGCAGCGUGGCAAGAAGAUGGCGAAGACGAGGACUAUUCCACCGAAGCAGAGGAGGAAGACAUCGUAGACUCGGAUUUUGACGACGAAGAAGCACCAGAUGAAGAAAUCCACGACGCUGAAGAGGACGAGAAGCCUACGAAGCGCAAACGCUCGGCGACGAGUUCUGGACGAUACAAAGAGCCCAUCCAGCCUCGUCCAGCUAAACGGAAAGCAGCAUCCACAGUACAAAAGACCCCAUUAGCCACUACUGCACCUACAACGCCAGUAUUUGAGUAUGUAGCGCCGACAGUACGGUCGUCGACAGCCAGGAAGUCGUCGGAGUCGUCGGAAAUGAGACGACGAGCGUCACAUGAAGCAGCGAAGUUAGCGGCAAAGAACAAGAAGCCGGUAGUGGAGAAAACUGGUAAUCGAUUGACACAGGCGCAGCUAAUUGCUGAAGCUGUGAGGACCGAAGUGGAGAACACGCAGUCGCUGCAGCGAUUGGAGCAGCUGGAAGAGGAGAAGAAGGCCGAGAGUGUCGCCCCUAAAGCCCCCUUUACAGGCAGCAUGGUGAGGUAUUACAGUAAACUCGGAGCACCCAAGACCAUCACGUUCAUCAACACACUAGACUACCCGCCGAUUUUCAACCAACCAAAGCCCAAGAAGAGAAUCAGUUCGCAAGAACAGAAGAUCAACAGGCUGAAGCAGGAACAAGAAGAAGACGAUGAUGACGAAAGUGUGCAGGACGAAGACGUGGAAGAGAAGGAUAGCCAGCAGCACGGUUUGUUACAGAAUAACACGCCGGCAGCCGCCAAAGCAGCGGCUUGAGCCAUCGAAUGCUCCUCUAGUUUUCCUUCUUCUUGGUCGCCUGAGCCAACGCCUUGUUGGUAGCUCCCCAGAACAGCAACACCUGCAGUACCAGGGUGCCGUUGAGCAGGAUAGCCACACCAAAGCCCGCCACUUGCACUGGAUCGCCCGUCUCCUGCAUAGUCGUGAACAACCGAGCGAUGGAGCCGGCCAAGUUGAGCACCAGUGUGAUCAACGCCAACUGACCCGUGUGGCCCUGCUUGAAGUUUGAUAAAAUCUACAGCAUAAACAUAAUAUUCAGAUUUCAUUUUACCACUAU